AUGACGAGCGCGCGCGCGCGCGGUCUCGCCUCGAUCGCGUUCGCGUCCGUGUGCGCCGGUUUAGGCGUCCAAGGCGUCGCCGUCUCGCCGCACGCGCGCGCCGAGCCGUCGGUCGCGGCUGCGGAAGCCGCGCGGUUGUCGAAACGAAAAAUCAUCGUGGACGCGCGCGCGCGCACGUCCUGGGACUGGAACUGGGACGGGCGUUCGAGCGGUGGUGAUCCAACUCCAAGUGACUCCGUCGCGGCGUCCGCGGCGCCGACGAAAGUGUAUUGGCUCGUGCGACACGGCCAGGCGACGGAGGAGACGCCCGAAACCGACGCCGCGGCGGACGGCGAGCGCAAACUCACGGAUUUGGGUCGUAAACAAGCGAGCUUCACGGCGCGACGAUUGAAGGAACUCAUUCCGUCGACGGCGUCGGUGAAGAUGACGCACAGUACGAUGGUGAGGGCGAAGGAGACGGCGGAUAUCAUAGCAGCAGAGGCGUUUCCGAACGCGACGCGUAAAUCGAGCGAAUUGAUUCGCGAGGGCGCGCCCGUGCGUCCAGAACCGGACACUUGGAGGCAAGCUGAGCACGUGCACGUCACGGACGCUCCGCGAAUCGAGGCUGGAUUUCGCGAGACGUUCCACCGAGCGCCGUCGCCGUCGUCGGCGGCGACGAAGCCGCCGCCGCCAGAGCACGAAAUCGUCGUCUGUCACGGUAACGUCAUUCGGUACUCCGUUUUGCGCGCGCUUCAGCUUCCACCGGACGCGUGGUUGCGCAUCGGUCUGUACAACGGUUCGAUCACUCGGGUCGAGGUCCGCGGCGACGGCGGCGUUUCGCUGCGAUGUCUCGGCGACGCUGGAUAUAUGACGGCGGACAUGUUGACCCACAAUUAG